AGCCUCAACGAGCUGUGAGACGAUACGAUAACCUUAAUUUUAUACCUAAUUUUAUUUUAUGAAUGGUUGUUAUAUACAACUUUAAAAUGCUCGCCGUCAGUAGACAUCGAGCAUUUUCUAAAAUAAAACAUAUAGCAAUACGUAGAUAUGCCCAAGUGGCGUUAUCUGAAGAAAAUGAAUAUACAGACACACCGAAUUAUCCUCCAAUCCAGGAUAUGUCGCUACAAGCAAGAAAGUUACGUGGAAGGGAAGAAAUUUAUGAAAAAAUAAAAAAUAUCAGCACUGUUGAGGAGAAACAAAUCGGAUUAAACAUGCCUAAAUAUUAUGGUUGGCCCUGUGUUAUGUUGAAUGAAAAUGUCAUACCAUACAAUGCAAUGCCCCUUGUUCAGUAUUAUACGAGGACUCAUUUCAAGCUCAUCGACAAACUGCCUGAUAUUUACAAUGAGACUUCAGACUUGGCAGAUUCUGUAGUCAAGGAAAUAAAAUCCCAUAUUGAAGAUUGUAUUUUAAUUGAAAAUGAAGGUGUUCAGAGAAAUAUUGACUUAUCAGCAGCAAAAUCUGAAGCACAACAAAAAGAAGAUGCCUUAGCCAAAAAUUUAGUACGGCAAAUCAAUAGAAUUGUUACUAAUAAUAUCACAGAUAAAGUGCCUCAUAUAUUAUCAUCACAGGUUGAUUAUGACCCAAGGGUGGAAGCAUUCUGGUUCAUGGGAGGUACUGAUGUGCCAAAAAAAGUUUACAAUUUUAGGUCCAAGUUUCCUUGGGUCAAAAAUAAAGAUGAACCUAUUGACAGACCAAUUCAAUAUAUAGGAUCACCAAUUUUAACAGUCCGAAAUCAUUUACCAUUGAAACCUUUAGUCCCAUAUAGUGAAGCAGAGAACCCAGAUUUCAAAGUUGAGAAAUUCACGUACGUCCCUGAAAGUGUAGGAUACUUUGUGGAGUUUCGGCAUGGUACAAAUAUACCAGGAUAUUGGCCGGGUGAUCUUGACGAAUUUGGCUUGCUUUCAUACCACAACAGAGGACACAUUUUAUGCAGAAAGGAAUCUUUUGGAGCACAAGACAAUUUAGAAGCAUUGCAUUGUCAAGCAAUGAAAGCCAGCUUUGGUUGGCUUCUUAGUCAAGCUAAUUACCAAGGAUUUACAAGUUAUAACGACAUAACUUAUCCAUUAACAACUCAAACGGUUAUUACUAACGGUCAUCUUAUAUCCCUAUAUGCAUACCAAUUAAACACAAUUGCCAUGAACAUUGAUAAAGUUGAUGAUAAUCCAAAACACAAUAUUUGUUUUGGAACACAACCCAUGAAGCUAUAUGAAAAAAUUGAAGACGGAAAAGUGCAAGGCCUUAAUGAGGAAACCCUGAAAAUGUUGGUUCAAUUCUACUUAAAUGCCCCAGAAGAAAGAGAUCAUGAAAUGAAGCCAUAUCUAGGAAAAGAGGAGCAAUUGAUUUCUGAUAUUGAAGAUGAUAAUAGACGAUGUUGGCUAGAAUCAAGAUAUAAACAUUUAAUGUCUAACAGGCCUAGGCACAAUUUAUUACCAGAAAUUUAUCAUUGGGAGAAGAUAUACAAGAUCCACCAUCAAACUCGUUUCUUUGAGGCAAAAAGAAGACCAUUUGAAUUAGGAAUCAAUCCAUAUAAGAGGCGUUUAGAUGAGCAUCUACCCCCAUAUAUUCCAAAAGUAUUGAGGCCAUAUCCUAAAGCUAGGAAGAAGUUCGAAACAACAUACUAUCCUAAGGUGUAAAAUAAUAGUGUUUUCUAGUGUAGAUAUUUUAAAUAAAUGAUAAUAUAGAUAAUAAA